UCUCUGCUCGCACUGUCUCGUGGGGGGGAACGUUGCAGCCAGUCAUGAACGCCGAACCCUCUCUGGAUGGAAGCUCUGACUUCAUGAAGAACAGGGAGGCUCAAGAGAUCCCCCCUAUGAAGAACUACCUCUGUCUCACCAUGUUCACCUGUUUCUGCCCUGCAUGGCCCAUCAAUAUCGUGGCGCUGGUUUUCUCCGUGAUGGCCCAGAGAAGCUAUGAUGAGGAGGACUACGAUGGCUCCAUGAGGCUGGGGCGGAAAGCUCUCCACCUCGGGGUUGUUUCUUUUGCCAUUGGCCUUGGGAUCAUCACCGCAUACACCAUUGUGCACUUUACUACGCAUGUGGUGUGACCUCUGGAGGAGGAAGAGGAACGGGAAGCAGAGAAGAGACACUCAAACAGUCAUGGAGAGAUUAGCUCCAUGUGAUGCAAAGGAGCUCUGCUUGGCGUCUGUCAUCAGCAGCCCUGGAGGUUUUGGAAGGGCAAUCAGAGUCUCACUUUACAGCUGAAGAGAUAAUGGUUUCAGCUAUUGUGUAAAUUAUGUUGCAAUAAAACUUUGUACAGGUUUUGUAAUUGCAGGGCGAAAGGAAAGAAUAUGCAAAUGUCUCCAUGAAAGACGACCUUACAGUUCUAACACUGAUGAAAAACUGAGUCAGGCCUGUAACAAGCAGUUUUAAAACAUCUAUUCUAUCCUGUUUAUGUAACUAUUGAUCAUUGAUAGCAGAUAACAAGUGUCAGCAGAAUAUCUUUGAAAUAUUUUUUGGCUUUACAGUUUAAGUUGUGGGUACACAAAUGUAAAAUCAAAGUUUUUUUUCACAAAACAUGGUCUGUUGAACAAACCUAAACUAUAAAAGCAUUAUAGCGUAAAAAGGAAAUGUCAUUUGAAA